UUAACAAGGCUAUGACUAUCUUUGAGAAUUUUGUGAAAGAAAUCAUGGAUUCUACAAAAGGAUAUAAUCCUUCUGCUGUGAAGCAUCCUUGUAUGCAGAAGAAAGAAAAGAAUGUUAACCCUUCCAAUACAAACCAAGGGAGUAUCCUUGCUCCUGAUCAAGGUGCUUGCCUCCUUCCCAAGAGUCCCUCUCCUCACCCAAACACAGACCUCUUCGAAAUCGAUGAUUUCCGUUCAAAUCCAAAACAAAUCUACAAAGACCAUUCCUCCUCCCCAAAACCACCUCCUUCACAGUCAGACCAUCCUACAGUCGCUCGUAACACUACUAGAAAGCCAUUUAAGAAAUCAGCAAAGACUGUCAAGAAGAGACGUGUCAAGAUGUUAGGAAUGUGAAGAAGGAAGAAGAAAUCUAUACCAAAAUAAAAGUCUGUAAGUCCACCGU